GUGAAAAAUAGAAAAAGGAAGAAUUUCCCGCCGGGGAAACCGGUCGUUGAAUGCACACCAAGUACUCCAACGCAAACUGUGUUUGUUUAAUCAAUUUGCUGCUUUCUAUUCUACCCCUUGAAUCUCUUGAUACAAACAAAUUAAAUAGAAAAACCAGAAAAAUUCAUCAGAAGCACUAAUCGAUCCGCUGUGAGUGUUCAGUAUUGUAUGAUACAUUCUUUCAGUUCGCAAGAAAUACAAAAAUGGGGAAGAAGAAGAAGAAAGAUAUGAUCAAGUUGGAAAGAGAAUCAGUCAUUCCCAUUGUCAAGCAAAAGCUUAUCACCACUUUGGCCGCCCAUAUUGAAGGUAAAUCUGAACGUGCUGAGUUCUUGAAGCUCUGCCAAAGGGUUGAAUACACGAUUCGAGCUUGGUAUCAUUUACAGUUUGAUGAACUAAUGUGUGUAUUGCAGCAAUUGUUUGCCCUUUUUGAGCCUGUCCAUGGGGCACAGAAAUUGGAGCAACAAAACUUAUCUCCAGAAGAGAUUGAUGAUCUUGAACAGAACUUCCUGUCAUACUUGUUCGAGAUGAUGGAUAAGAGCAAUUUCAAGAUAACGACUGAUGAGGAGAUUGAUGUUGCUCUUUCUGCAGAAUACCGUUUAAAUCUUCCUAUUGUAGUUAAUGAAUCAAAGCUGGACAAAAGGCUUUUUACGAGGUAUUUUGAGAAGAAUCCUCACAAGGACCUUCCAUACUUUGCUGAUAAGUUCAUAAUCUUCCGACGAGGCUUUGGAAUUGACCACAUGACCGCAUACUUUUUCAAAGCAAAAGUAAACACAAUCAUUGUGCGUUUUUGGAGAUGUUUCAUGAAGGUGACAGGGUUGAAAUUCUUAACAAGAUUAUUCUUUGGAAAGAAAGUUAAACCGUAUAAGAAAGACUCAGCUGAGCCAACAGAACUGAAAAUCGAGGGAGAGCAAGAUGAGUUAUACAUUGAACGAAUCCGUAUCGAGAAGUUGAAAUUCAGCAUUUCUAAUUUUCUGAGAAAGAUCACAAUCCAAGAGCCUACUUUUGAGAGAAUAAUUGUUGUUUACAGGCGAAUGCCAAGAAAACAUGAAACGGAGAGGAAUAUAUAUGUGAAGCAUUUCAAGAACAUUCCAAUGGCUGAUUUGGAGAUAGUACUUCCAGAAAAGAAAAAUCCAGGUUUAACUCCCAUGGACUGGGUCAAGUUCCUUGUAUCUGCCGCAAUCGGAUUGGUCACUGUAAUUAGUUCACUCAGCAUGCCAAAGCCUGACAUCCGGGUCAUUUUUGGUAUCCUCAGCGCUGUGGUUGGUUACUGUGUUAAAACAUAUUUCUCGUUUCAGCAAAACUUGGUUGACUAUCAAAACUUAAUCACCCGGUGUGUAUAUGAUAAACAGUUGGAUAGUGGAAGGGGAACUCUUCUUCACUUGUGUGAUGAGGUGAUACAACAGGAAGUAAAAGAGGUGAUUGUUUCAUUCUUUGUAUUGAUGGAGCAAGGAAAAGGCAUUAGCAAGGAGGAUCUUGACCUGCUGUGUGAACAAUUUAUUAAAGAAAAAUUUGGCGAUGACUGUAAUUUUGACGUGGAUGAUGCAAUAAGGAAGUUAGAGAAGUUGGGAAUUGUUUCCCAGGAUAACAUCGGAACAUAUACAUGUGUAAAUCUCAGGCGUGCUAAUGAGAUCAUAGGAACCACGACGGAGGAGGUUGUCCUCAAGGCUAAAGGUGGUGGCGGCGAUCCUUGACAUGGGAAGACAAACAGUUGUCUAGAUGAUGUACGUAUUAUAGUUCUCGAUCUGCACUUCCAUGCAGAUGAGAAAAGAUUUUAAUAAUUUCAUUUUCUCUCUUCUGUCUAUGUACAUGAACUCCUUGCUAAACAAUCUUCUACAUUUUCGUAAUGUAACCUUUUGAGAUC